UAUCACUUGUUCACCUCUCUCCUCACGCACCUCACGUCUCACUUUCAUCACUGUUCCCUCUGUAUCAUCUCAAAAUCUCCACCAAAACCCUAAACCCCUGAUGAUGUAUCAUCAGGCCAUGAAUCUAUCCCUUUCUUGCGAGUCACGGUUCCCUAUAUUCUCCACCAAAUUCCGCAAAACCAUCCAUCUCAAGCCUCUCCGCGUGUCAUCAGGCCCUGAAUCCAGAGACUCAGGUACCAAAACGCUAACGGAUAAGCUGAUCUUGAUCCUCAGAACCGUACCAGACUGGGCAGACGAGAUCAAAGAGCGUGGGAUGCAGCAGAAACGAACUCUCUACACACACGAGAAAUGGGUCGAGCACAGAAGCUCUCUCCGCCACGUGCGUCACUUAGUCUCCUCCUUCUCUUCGCGCGUUAUACUCUCUUUGAUCCCUCCUGUCUUCUUCUUCACAUCCGUGGCCGUCGUGAUAGCGAGCUACAACUCCGCAGUGGCUUUGGAAUGGCUCCCUGGUGUCUUCCCCAUCCUCAGAUCCUCCUCUCUGCCGUACCAGCUCACUGCUCCUGCUUUGGCUCUGCUUCUCGUGUUCCGCACGGAAGCUUCGUAUUCUAGGUAUGAAGAAGGGAGGAAAGCUUGGGUUAGGAUCAUUGCCGGAACUGAUGAUUUAGCUAGGCAAGUGAUUUGUUCUGUUGAUGGGUCUGGGUCUGGUGAUGAGUUGGUCAUCAAAGACUUGCUUCUUCGUUACAUUGCAGCUUUCCCUGUGGCUCUUAAGUGUCAUGUGAUUUAUGGUUCAGAUAUUGCAAGAGAUCUACGGAACUUGGUUGAAGCAGAUGACUUGUCUCUGAUUCUAGAGUCAAAGCAUCGUCCACGUUGUGUAAUAGAGUUCAUUUCUCAGAGCAUUCAGCUGCUGAAACUAGACGAUACAAAGAGAGAUCUGUUGGAAUCAAAGAUGUUGCAUCUACAUGAAGGUAUUGGAGUGUGUGAACAGCUAAUGGGCAUUCCGAUUCCUCUGUCUUACACACGCUUGACCUCGAGGUUUUUAGUCUUUUGGCAUCUGACUCUCCCUAUCAUUCUCUGGGAUGAAUGUCACUGGAUUGUUGUCCCUGCUACUUUCAUCAGCGCUGCAUCUCUCUUCUGCAUUGAAGAAGUGGGUGUUCUUAUAGAAGAGCCAUUUCCUAUGCUGGCAUUAGACGAGCUUUGUGAUCUUGUGCAUAGUAACAUCCAAGAAGCUGUUAAAUCUGAGACUAUCAUACGUAACCGGAUCCUGGCAAAGAUAAAGCUCCAUGAGUUCAAGCAUUCACCAAACGGCCGGCAUAGAUCUUGAAUAUCCCACUGUUGUCAGUGAUGACAAUCUGCUGCAUUUUGUCUACCUUAAAGAGGGGUUUGGAGUAUGUGAUGGCUUAGGCUUAGCUUUGAUAAUAUAUACAUAUUGUAUAGUAUAGAAACACUUUAUACGAGUUGCUAGGGAAACUAUUUGCCUUUGAUGUUUGUAUAUAUGCAUACAGUUUCUGUUGAAGACCCAUUUGGUUCUUCAUUGUUUCAAUAUAGGAGCAUAUUACAUUGUUGUCAA